AUGGCCACGGCUGCUAAUGCCGCAGCGUUAGAGGAGAUGGAUCGAAAGCUCAAGCUUUCCGAUCAAGAGCUGGAUCUUGUCAACAAACGGCUUGACGAGGCGCAAGGUGCUGUCGCCGAGGUCGAGGGCUUGAAGAAUGCCCUAAAGAAAGCUGAGGUCGAGGCGGCCGAGAAGAGGACAGCCGCUGAGAGGGCAGUGUCCGAUCUUGAGCAGGCCAAGCAUGCUGCUAAGCAGCAUGAAUCUCGGGUAACCGAGCUCCAAGGGGAGCUCCAGGAUGCCGCUGAGAAGCUUGAGGCCCUUGAGAAGGGGCCGGAGAAGCAAUCCUCCCGUCUAUCCAAGGCAGAGAAGGAGCUCCAGGAGGCGAGGAGUGACGCCCGAGGUGUCCGGGAGGAGCUUCGGCAAGCCGUGCAAAUUGCCAAUGAUAAGAAAUAUUUACUGCAGAGUGUGUUCGGAGGCAACAGAUUCGCCCUGCUGACAAGGGUCUGGUGA